AUGAAUCGAUUUAUUGACGGUGAUUUUAGUAAGAAAGCACUUCCACCUAUUUGUGACUAUCAGAGUGAAAAACUUGUAUCAUUAGAAGAAGCUUUAAAGUUUAUUGUACCUCUUAUCGAACAAUUAGAUCGUUCUAUUCAUGCAGCUAAAAAAUUGUGUCAUUUUCCAGCAGAAGACAAUCUUACUCAUGAUGAAUCAGCUGCAUUAUAUUUAUAUACGAUGGAAGGAGGUGAAAAUAGUUUCUAUCGUGUAUUAAAUCGGGCAUUAUUAUGUGAAGAUCAAUCUUCUUUAAAACUCUGGUUUCCCUAUUUAAAACUUCUCCAUACAGCACUCGAUAAAUUACCUACUGUAAGUAGAAAUAUUUGGCGAGGUGUAGUCGGUGAUAUUGGUCACGAAUUAAAGAAGAAUGAAGAAUUAACCUGGUGGAAUAUUAGUUCAUGUUCAUUAUCGAUAGAUGUUAUCAAAGAUUAUUUAUCUACUACAGAUCGAUCAACACUUUUCUUAAUUGAAGCUGUACAUGGUAAAGAUAUUUCUCAUUAUACAAAUUAUCCUGGUGAAGAUGAAAUAUUAUUGGGUCCAGGCAUUCAAUUACGUGUUGUUGAUAAUGUAACAGAUCUUCCUGGUGGUCUUAACAUUAUACAUUUAGCAGAAGUAGCCAAUUAUCAUGAUAAACUAUUACAACCAUCUAUAACUCCAAUACAUACCUUGUCAAUAUCAACAGACAAAGAUAAUCAUCAUAAAGAAACACGACAUUGCACAGCAUUAACUAUUUUCGCUCCAUUAACGUCAUCAAUUUCAAAGAGAUCAUCUACCGAAUCUCAUAGGAGACGAGAAUCUACCCUUUAA